CCACCGUCCCCCCCGCCUGCUCCCCUGACGGCUCGGAGCGCUCUCGGCGCUGCCCGCGGCCGCUCGCGGCGCGCGCGCCCGCGGCGCCCCCCCGCUGCAGCUACGCGCGCGCUCGAGGGGAGGCGCCGCGCCUCGCCCCAUGAGGUGGGCUGCCGUGGCGGCUUGCGUGCUGCACGCGUCGCUCGCCGUCCACCCGCGGGGGACGUGCCCUGCUCCGCCGACCACGAGUGCUUCUCGAACCUCCUUGCGCCGGUCUGCGACGCCGGCAGCGGCAAGUGCGCCGCGUCAGGAGCGUUCCGCACGACGGCGGGGUCGUGCGCGUGCGGCGGCGGCGCCGCGGCGGGCUGCGCUCUGCGACUGCUUGGGCGCACGGCCGGGCACGCCGCAGGCUGCUUGGACGCGUGCCUGGCCUGGCCGCGGUGCGGGGCCGUGGAGGCUGUGCUCAACCGCAGCGGCCGGGGGUUCGACUGUGUGUUGGUGGACGUGGUGGAGGCGGACGACCCCCGCCACGACCUCGCCCGGUCGUCGACGAGUGCGUGUCAUUGGCGCAUCCUCGAGGACCCUUUGGCGGAUGACAAGCUCCCCGACUCCCUGAUCUCCGCGUGGUUCCUCAUCAGCGUGGUCGCGAUGUUUUCCGUGAUGUUGCUUACGUGCGGCGUGGCCAUAUGUUGUUGCGUCCGCGCCAGGGGAUCGUGCAGCGGCGGCGGGCCCACCACGCUCGGCAAUUCGAGCGCUCCCUGGACUCGAUCAGGCAGGACCGCUUGCGCAACCCGACCGGGUCCAUGCGGGAGGUUUCUUCCUCAACCAUGGCGGCUCGUCGCCAGCGCUGUCGCGGAGCAUGUCGGAUGA